GCCCCCCGCGGCGGCGCCUUUGAGGCGCAGGUCGCGCCGGCCACGAUGACGUCAUCGUGCGACCUGGAUGACGGGCUCUGCUGGGUGUCAUACGAUGACGCUGAUGUCAUGCCCUCCAGAGAUGCCCGCCUGGCGGCGCUGCACCCGGAGAUCUUCCGAUGCAUGGCCGACGUCCCAAUCCACCUGACCUACUCUGAGGACGAGACCGACUGA